AUGGGGUUGCUGGCACUCAAUCGGCUCAUGUCUAUGCAGCCGGAUUGGCGUCGCCGGCCAACUCAAAGGCGUAAUGGAUUGGUGACUUCAUCCGUAGCCAAAAGAAAGGUCUCACCCUGCCUACACGAUGACAAUUCUGGGAGUGUUAAAAAAUCGAGAUAUUCAGGACCACCCCUUCCAGAGGAUAUAUGGCAUCAUAUAUAUUCUCUGCUUCCUCUGCGAGAUGCUGCACGUGUUGCCUGCGUGUCUCAUACAUUUAAAAGUUACUGGAGACAUUUUCCCAAUCUCAGCUUAACUAGGGAAACACUGGGUUUGCAUGACGGGGUGGAUGGAUUGUCAUGUCGAUGUGAAAUAGCGAUGGAUCUUGCAAGGAAAACCGACCACAUUCUCAAAAACCACUCAGGCAUUGGCGUUAAGGCACUCAAGCUUGAAAUAUGUGGUUUCCCCUUUUUCAACAACUCUUGCGAUCUCGAUCGAUGGCUUCACAUUGCUGUCAAACCAGGGAUUGAAGAACUUGACCUGAAGCUUUUAUCAACUUAUGUAGCUCUUUGUCGAAAAAAAUCUCAUGCAACUAUUUGUCGAAAGAUAUCUGAGGCGGCUUUUUGUCGAAAAAAAUCCCAUACAAAUGUGUACAACUUUCCAUUCUCACUUUUAGAUGGGAGUGGCAAGUCGAUCCAGCAGCUUCAUCUCUACAAUUGUGCCCUCCGCCCCACAACAGGACUUGGCCACUUAAGAAGCCUGACUAGACUCGAAUUGUUUCGUGUGAGUAUUACAGAAGAUGAGUUAAGGUGCCUUUUUUCCAGUUCAAUUGCUUUGGAGAAACUGGUACUCAGGUCCUGCAAUGAAUUAUCUUUCUUGGAGAUACCUAGCAUGUUGCAGCAACUUAACCACCUGGUUGUCAUGGAUUGUGGAAAUCUGGAAGUGAUAAAGAGCAAAGCCCCUAAUCUAUACAUUUUUCAUUAUGGUGGUACCCUAAUACCGCUAUCACUUGGUGAUUCAUUGCAGAACCUAUACAUUGAUGCUUUAUUAGGUCGUCAAGAUGUUGUUCCUUAUCCUUGGGCCGAUCUUCUGCGCAUGGUGCCACAUCUUGAAGAUCUCCAAAUAUCUUCGUAUUGUGCGAGGGAUACACUGGUGGUGCCUGGCAAAUUCCUCCACCUCCAAUGCCUAUGUAUUGGGGCUUUUAACCCAGACUAUGAUUAUUUGUCUCUGGUUUCUUUUCUCGAUGCGUGUCCUUCCUUGGAGACUUUCAUUUUAUCCGUAGAUGCGGAUCGCGUGAGGCAAGAAUCGGUUUUAGCAGAAUCUUCGCAUGAUCUAAGGCAGAUGCCAGGACACGUGCAUAGGAACAUAAAGGAUGUGUUUAUCAUUGGCUUUUGUUCAGCGAAGAGCAUGGUUGAGUUAACAUGCCAUAUGCUUGAGAAUGCGAAGUCGCUUGAGUACCUUACACUGAACACCUCUUCGAACCCUGAAAUUUCGUGCUCUGAUAGUGAAAAUGGUAGAUGCCUCCCGAUGAGCAAGCAUAUGAGGAAGGAAGCCCGCAAAGCGCUCUUGGCCGUGGAAAGAUACAUUUUGGGGAAAGUUCCCUGUAGUGUGGAGUUAGAAGUUGUGAAGCCUUGCAGCCGGUGCAAUACUCUUGAAAUUUAG